GAGUUAUCCUUCUACACCUCGCCUUAUUCGAGAUGGAGCCCAAGAAGAUCAUGGCGUUCCAUUUCUGCGUGAUCAAGCAGUAUCGUGGACUUUUCAGCGAGGGCAAUUGGACCAUCAAACUGAAGGCAGGCAACUACUGCAAGAGCUACGGCGAGCGCACCUGCGCCGACGACGAAGUGCUUGAUCUCAUGGAGGCCAACGGCAACCAUUCCGAGGAGCCCACCGUCGCGGAGUUCAUCGAGCUCUGCGUCAACGGCCGCACGGCCAAGACCGGGAAGUUGGCCUCGAAAGGCACCAGCAGGUACCUGGAGGGCGGCAAGGAGGCGAGCCGCUACAACAUGGUCGCGGACGAGCUCCUGGGCAUCAUCCGUAAGCAGCCCAAGGAGGGCGGCAUCUCGGCCGUUAGCGGUGCGGUCUCCAUCCUGCACCUUCACGUGUCCGCCGACCCGGAGGUCGCGGACCUCACGGAGUGCUUCCUCAACGAGGACCCGGAAUUCGUGAUGUUGGCGGUGGGCCUGGCCUCGGAGGAGUGGGUCGAGGGCGAGCCCGACUGCUCUUGCGCGGGCUUCUUCGAGUGCCUGCCUGGCUGCUGCACCGACGACGCGCCGAACGCCUGCCACGCCGACGUCCCGAAAGAGCACCUCGUCGACGCGGACAACCACGGCAUCCUCAUGGGCAUCAUGGCGUCGAAGAUCGGUGGCCAGGAGCUCUCUUCCUCCAGGCCUGUCGACAUCGCGCCGCUCACCUGCAUCGCUGGGGGUGACCUGGGCCUGGAGCCGCGGCUGGGCAGUCCAGCGUUCAGGGGCUCCCUCAUGCGGGAUUGCGUGUGCAGCCAGCCCUGCGGCGGCUUGGGCAUGAGCUCCAGCGAUCGCCUCUACAACUCCAUCCCGCUUGAUCACGAAUCAUUGCUCGGGUUCUGCUCCAAGCUCGAUUUCGUCUUCAUGCGCUGCAGCCCAUGGCAGACCAACGACGACGGCGGCAACCAGGGCAAGUGCGACGAUGGCCUGCGCCUCAUACGCAAACGCGGGAUCCAGGUCUGGCUGUCUCCAGACGUGAUGGAAUUCAUGGGGGCCAACGACGCGCCGUCUAAGGUGGCCUGUAUGAGUACCUGCCUGGAGGGUGCCUACUUGCUCUACGAUCCCGUUGAAUUCGCGGCCACUUUCAAGCAGACCAUGGCCAACGACAACCGCUCCGAGGUGCAUCCGGGAGCUGAGCUCAUUGAGGUCUGCGUCCACGGCGGCGCGCCCAAGCCCUGCGCCUGGGCCACCAUGGGUACUGGCAAGUACCUGGAGGGCGGCAGUGCGGCUGGAGGCGUGCCAAGGGAGGGCGGCAUCUCUGCCGCUGGCGGCACGAGCUCGAGCUACGCGCCCCAUGGCCCCGGGGAGCCCAAGUUCCCGAACUUGACCACCCACUUCCUGGCCAAGGACCUGCCGUGCGUGAUGCCGGCGCUGGGUCUGCCCUUGGAGCCGUUCCACCUGUGGUGGGCCACCGACCCCAUCCUGGCUUCGCCGGAGGGGCCCCCCGCCUCGGAGGAGAAAUGGGCUGCUGGCGAAUUCGCCUGCUCCUGCGUUGGCAUCUCCAAGUGCCUGGCAGCCUAUCGCAAGGACGGCGCGCCGGUGGCGUGCUACGCCGAUAUCGCUGUGGAGGAUCUGGCCGAGGCGGACCGCUACGGUCUCCAGCUGGGCGUCGUGGCGCACUCCAUCCUCUCGCGGCCAGCGCCGUCCCUCGGUCUGGUGGACGUCCUGGGCAUCGCCCGCGUCGCCAGGGGCGACCUCCCGCAGUCUGCCGACCCCAAGUUUAAGGGCGCCCGGUGCUGGACCUAUGUGCUCAGCACGGCUUGCGGCGGGUCCGACAAGAGCACCGGCGGCCACCGUUGCGACUUCAUUCCGAUCGCCGACGGCAUGAUCAGCGUGGGCAUGA